CGACCUCUUUCUCUCUCCAGUUUAUUCUGCAAAAUAUAAUUCUCAUCAAAUUACCCGAAAUCCCUAGCCCUACCAUAUCUACUUCAAAUUUUUGAAAAUCCUCUCUUCGUCUACUUCAAUAUCUACUUCCCAUCCCUUCAAGAUUUACCAUUCAGUUAGAGUACGGUUCAGGUUAGCCCUCCGGAAUACCUAUUCAUGUUCUUUUAAAAAAAAAAUUUUUCUUUUCCUCUAUUUUGCUGAUUUUUUUUUUUCCUAGGGUUUAUUUCGGACUUGGAUUUUGUUAGUUCUUAUCUCCUUCUCUCUGGAAGUUUAAGCUGCUUGUAGAGUACAAAAUGCAAUCCUACCUAGUUUUUAUCGCCUGAAAAUUCAGUUUGUGUUGCUGUUUCUAUUGCAAUGCAUAUUGUAUCUAAGUAAAGAUUCAUUUCAAAUUCAAACAACUUUAUUAUGUAAGCAUUUAUAUUUCCUCUCAAUCAUUGCUAUGUCUGUUUCGGUACUCAAUGCAUUCUGGCUGUAUAUAGUUUGCAAGCCAUUUAAUAUUCAGCAAGUGUCUUGUUAAUAUGUUUAACUUGGGGAACAACCGCUGCGUCCCAUCCGUGCUCCCUUGUUGACAUUGUUUCUAAAAUACUUAUCUGCCCUCUCUCCUGGUAGUAUGCCUUCCAGUAAUUUAGGACUUGUUUGCUUGAAAUCAUUUGGUUUGUGAUUUUCCCUCAAAGGAGUGGCUCAGCUGGUUAAGAGCUUGAGAUUCAAUGUUAGAGAUCUUGGGUUUGAUCCUUGGGUCAGGUGGAAAGGGAUUUGGGAAAAGGGGAGAGCUAUACCCUCUUGUUGUAUAGCCCAUCAUCAUAUGUACCAAAAAAAAAAAGAAAGAAAGGUUUGUGAUUUCUGGGCCUUUAGAGCUCUGAGAGUAUUGUGGUAGGCUUUGAUUGUUGUCCAGGUUAUCUAGAUUUAGGAAACCAUCUGCUAGUCCUUUUUGGUUCUCAGGAUACCCGUCUAAUAAAUAACCUCUUCAAAGAAUAUCUUUUUGAAGGUAGUGAAGGAAUUGAUAGGACAUAGGGUUUCAAUUGAUUUGCUGAAUCCCUAUAUUUUUGUAUAACUUAAAUGGCAGGUGAAAGAAUAUGCCAAAGGUAAAGACAAACCGCGUAAAGUAUCCAGAGGGAUGGGGAUUGAUUGAGCCUACCCUUCUUGAACUACAAGCAAAGAUGAGAGAAGCUGAGAAUGAUCCACAUGAUGGUAAGAGGAAAUGUGAGGCAUUGUGGCCUAUUUUCAAAAUAGCACAUCAGAAGAGUCGCUAUAUUUUUGACCUUUACCACAGGAGGAAGGAAAUAUCUAAGGAAUUGUAUGAGUUCUGUCUGGACCAAGGCUAUGCUGACCGAAAUCUCAUAGCAAAAUGGAAAAAGUCGGGUUAUGAACGUCUUUGUUGCUUAAGAUGCAUCCAGCCACGAGAUCACAACUUUGCCACUACUUGUGUGUGCCGAGUGCCCAAGCACCUGAGGGAGGAGAAGGUUAUCGAGUGUGUCCACUGUGGUUGCCGAGGCUGUGCCAGUGGAGAUUAAUCACUUCUCCUACCCUUUAGCCUCUAACGUAGGUGCCUAGACUGUAUUUCGAUAUCAAAUCUAAAACUCUCAGUGAAUUUUACGUGUGCUAUCCUUGCCUUGUCGCUCAUACAAUGUCUUAUCACUUAUGCAUCGGAGUUCAUGGUUUAUGUGAGAAUUUGGCUGUAACAGUCCAGUUGUAACUGAUAACAAAGUUCAUAAAUUAACUCAAGAGACUGCACUUUUGCCGCUGUUAUUGUCGUAGU